AUGUCAGAAAAAGAUGACAAGUCACAAACAUCAAUGCUUCUACACGUAAUAGGUGAUGCUGCCUUGGAAUUGUAUAAUACAUUUGUAUUUGCCGAGGAUGAGAGCAUGAAGCUUGAGAAAGUGUUGGACAAAUUUGAGGAAUAUUGCAUGCCAAAACGUAAUCUAACGUAUGAGAGACAUAGAUUUUUCACAAGAUCACAAUUAGAGCAUGAGAGUGUUGAUCAGUAUGCAACUGAAUUGCGAAGUCGUGCACAGUCGUGUGAGUUUUCUUCGUUGAAAGAGAGUCUUAUACGGGACAGAAUUAUCUGUGGUAUCUUAGAUGAUGGUCUAAGAGAGCAUUUGUUGAGGCUAGAUGAUCUCACAUUGGAUAAAACGUUGCAAGUUUGUCGGGUUGCUGAACAAACUCGAACGCAGGCCCAAGCGUUGAGUUCCACCGGAGAAAAUGCCUCAAUUCCGGUUGAUUCUCUCAGCAAGAAUAAGAAAUCUUCUGGUAAAAAGUCAAACCAAACAAGACAAACAAAACCUCAAGAUCGUACUAACAAUAAAACAUGUACAAGAUGUGGUAAUAGACAUACCAAAGAAAAAUGUCCUGCACAAGGUAAAACAUGUAAAAAGUGCGGUAAGCAAAAUCAUUUUGCUAAGUGUUGUCGUACCCCAGUAGCAAAAGUCAAUGAAUUGCAACACUUAAAGGUAGAUUCAGAUGGUUUCAUGAUUUGUUCAGUUGAUUCGCAGGAACAUGAAUCAAAGGAAGAGUGGAAAGUCAAUUUGAGAGUCAAUAAUGAGCUAGUUGAGUUCAAGAUAGAUACUGGAGCUCAAGCUAACACUCUCCCUGAAACAAUCUAUCACAAAUUGAAACCGAAACCAAAGCUACAAAAAGCCAAAGUGAAGUUAACAGGUUACUAUGAGACUAACAUUCCAGUAAAAGGUCGUUGUUAUGUCCAAAUGGAGUACAAAGGAGUUAAACACAGUGUUCAAUGUUUCAUCAUUCCUGGAAAUCGUCAACCAUUGCUAGGUCUCAGAACGAGUGAAGAGUUGUAUCUAGUAAAACGCGUCUAUCAUGUUGAUAAACAAACAGAGAUAAAAACAGGCAAAACUGUAGUGCAAGAUUAUGACAAUGUAUUUGUAGGAUUAGGAUGUCUUCCAGGCAAACAUCACAUUACAUUGAAAGACAAUGCACAACCAGUUCAACAUGCAUGUCGCAAAGUUCCAUUUCCACUUCAAAAGAAACUAAAAGAGGAACUAGAUAAGAUGGAAAACAUGAAUGUAAUCAAACAGGUUGAUGAACCGACAGAUUGGGUGUCUUCUCUUGUUGUAGUCAAGAAAAAGAAUGGUCAACUCAGAGUCUGUCUAGAUCCACGUGAUCUUAAUCGUGCAAUCAAACGAGAACACUAUAAAUUGCCUUCUAGAGCUGAAAUAACCUCUCAGUUUGCUGGAGCCAAGUAUUUCAGUAAAUUAGAUGCAUCAAGUGGUUUUUGGCAAAUCCAACUAGAUGAAGAUAGUUUCAAGCUUUGUACAUUUAUCACUCCGUACGGAAGAUAUAGAUUCUUGAGACUACCUUUUGGUAUCUGCAGUGCUCCUGAAGUAUUUCACAAGAUAAUACAUAACUUGUUCGUAGAUAUACCUGGUGUCAAUACCAUGAUGGAUGACAUAGUGGUAUGGGGAAGCACUCAAGAAGAGCAUGACGAUCGUCUGAGAAAAGUUCUAGACAUCGCACAAAAAUCAAACCUGAAACUCAAUCGAGACAAGUGUGAGUUCAAUGUGAACCAGAUGACUUUCAUUGGUGACUUGAUCAGCCAAGAUGGAGUCAGACCAGAUCCUAAAAAGUGGCUGCCAUCAGAAACAUGGCAAGACCAACCUGUAAACAGGACAUACAAAGGUUCUUGGGAAUGA